GUUUUUGACAGGUAAAAAAACAAAACCAAGGUGGAAGGUUUCUCAAGAAGGGACACCUAGAGAUUGUAGUGAUCCAUGUCACUCUCUCUCUUACUCACAAUUCAACACUCAAAAGUAACAAAAUCAUCAUACUCUCAGGUUUUUCUUCUGGGUUUAGGGUUUUCUGAGGAACCAAGGAGGUGAUGAUGGUGAUUCAUGGGGAGUAUAGCAGUGAGGGCUGGUGCAGACGAUGAAAAGGAAGCAGUCAGCGGGAUGCCGAGCUUCGAUCCUCAAAUACCUGUUUCGAAUGCACUUACGGAUUUCAGUUGUACAGAGGGGAACUCCAUCCAUUCUUAUCGAGUUUCUGACUUUGGGACACUUGAGCAAUCCAUUGGGUUUCAUUUAGAGGAUGCUGUGGACCUGAGUGGAAGCACUGCAUUCAAUUCGACAAAACCAAGUGGUCGAGCAGUUAUUUCUGAUCCCCUCCAUAGUGUCACUUUUGAUAAGUCACAAAAUUCAUUUGAUAUAAAUCCAACUGCUGCCCGGGUGGAGUCUCAGAGGUUGCCAUUGCAAAAGGGUCAACAAUCAAAUCUGGUUUCUAUAUCUAGUGGUAGUGUAGAGAACUGGGGAGAGUCUGCAAUGGCAGAUGCCAGUCCUAGGACUGAUAUCUCGACAGACGUGGAUACAGAUGAUAAAGUUCAGAGGUUUGAAAGGGGUCAACCUGCUUCCAAUAUGGCUUCUGAUUCCAGCGACAGAUCAAAGGAUAAAAAUGAUCAGAAGACUCUUCGUAGGCUUGCUCAAAAUCGUGAAGCUGCACGAAAAAGCCGAUUGAGAAAGAAAGCAUAUGUCCAACAGCUAGAAAGUAGCCGGAUGAAGCUGACCCAACUAGAGCAGGAGCUCCAGCGAGCGCGACAGCAGGGUAUUUUUAUUUCAAGCUCAGGAGAUCAAGCCCAUUCAAUGAGUGGAAAUGGGGCCAUGGCAUUUGAUGUAGAAUAUGCUAGGUGGCUGGAAGAGCAGAACCGACAAAUCAACGAACUGAGAUCAGCGGUCAAUUCUCAUGCAAGCGAUGCUGAACUUCGUGUUAUUGUUGAUAAUAUCAUGGCACACUAUGAUGACAUAUUCAGGCUGAAGGGCGUUGCAGCCAAGGCUGAUGUUUUCCAUUUAUUAUCAGGCAUGUGGAAAACACCUGCAGAGAGGUGUUUUUUGUGGCUUGGUGGUUUCCGUUCAUCUGAACUCCUAAAGCUGCUUGUGAAUCAGUUGGAGCCUCUGACCGAACAGCAACUGUUGGGCAUCGGAAACUUGCAGCAGUCCUCCCAACAGGCAGAGGAUGCAUUAUCACAAGGAAUGGAAGCAUUGCAGCAGUCCCUGGCUGAGACUCUGUCCAGUGGUUCUCUUGGCUCUUCUGGUUCAUCUGGAAAUGUGGCAAACUAUAUGGGUCAAAUGGCCAUGGCCAUGGGAAAGCUGGGGACUCUUGAGGGGUUUAUUCGUCAGGCUGACAAUCUACGACAACAAACGCUACAACAGAUGCAUCGCAUACUGACAACCCGCCAGUCAGCUCGUGCGCUCCUUGCAAUACAUGACUACUUCUCCCGACUCCGUGCUCUGAGUUCUCUCUGGCUGGCACGUCCAAGAGAGUGAAGUCAAAGCUUGACAUCUUCUGGAAAAUCUACCUUCUAAAGUAACUUAUGGUGCCCAACAUUGUGAAUGCUGGGUCUCUGUAUGGUCUUUGUCAUCUUUAUGUUUUAUUUUUCAAAUCAAUGGUGUUGUAGUUUCAGAUUUCUGUGUAUCCAGUGAAACUUUGUAUCAUGUAUGCUGCACAUAAGUCCUCGUACAGUUACAGACUCUGCCUUUGGCCUUUGCCUCUUUCCCCUAGAAAUGUUAUUUGCAAUAAUAUUCAUAUAUUUAUGUUCAUUAUUAUUA